UCGAUAUUGGAUGUAACACCACAAAAUUCGGGAGCAAAAAAAUGAGCGAAAUGACUUGGAAGGAAUUCCUGGCCCAGGCCCAAGAGUUUCUUAAAAUAUCCGAGCAGUUGGGCGAUUGCUGGGUGCUAUAUGAGAAGGAUGCCAGUGAGCCCAACACGUUCCUCAAGUACAGCCAAAAGAUUAAAUGUAAAGAGUCCAACGAUGGUUAUGUAACUCUUAUCAAUGUGGAGUACCACGUAGUCUAUAGUGUGUCGUAUCAAGUGCCCAUGCUAUUAUUCCAGGCUCAUCGAUCAGAUGGAAGUCUCCUCGACUUGGAGGCCACUUGGCGUGUCUUUAUGCCAGAUACUGCGUCCAAAGAUCUCUAUCAGAUGCUCACCCAAACGGACCAUCCAGUGCUGUUCCGUCCGUUCAUGGCGCUGCAUCCGUGCCGGACAGCGGAGGUGCUCGACCAGUUUGGCGAGCCGAGCGCCAACCGUGUGCUCACCUUCAUCAGCCUCUACGGACCUCACGUUCAGCUGCAACUGGCGAAUGCCUACGGGCUGAGCAAAUGAAACGCUCGCCCGAAACUACACAUGUGGAUAAUUUGCAUAUAUUUGUGGAUGUUUUAAACAUUGAUUAUGGGGAGUAUACAUAUGUGGAUAUUUAGAUGCGUGAGGGGAGGGAAAGGGACUUCUAUGUUACAGUUUUACAUUCAUUGAAUAUUCUAAAUAUUGUGUAUUAGAGGGCAUUCCAAUGCUGCUUGCUCCUCUUCUAUGACUUGGCACAAGUGAACAUCCAAAUUGUACAGUAAAUAAGUGAACAACUAACUAUGCAUAUAGUAAUAGUGGUUAUAGUCUUACAUAUGUAUAUGUUUGUUGCACCGAUAAAUCUACAAUUCUCAAGCCUAAAUCAAGCACUGGCAAAAAGGAACAAGGCUAAUUAUGUAGUUUUCAAGUUCCACUUGUCUUCUCGGGGUUAUGUUCAUUCGUAAUAUCAGAUAAAGGUUACAUAUGUUUUCUAUCUGUUAGUAUAUUUAGAGCUAAGCUUAGAUAGUUAUGCAUUUUUAUUAUGUAAUUGUAUAUCCUUAGAUUUAGUUGUACUGUACACAAGCUAGACCAUUCUCGCAGUGGAGAGUGGCCAUUACUAUGCUUCGUCGGUUUACUAAUGUUAGGUUCUUCAUUUAUAAUUAAUGUUAACUGGCUACUGUGUGGCAUUUGCUGAUCCUCGGACGCCAAAAGCACGAGAGGUCCCGUCCUUCGAGGGGACUUCGGCUCUUUGGGCGCAAGGUCGUAGCAUUGAAAAUGUUUUUUUUUUUUGCAAAAUUAAAUUGUUUUUUUUAUGCAUAUUGCUAUGCUUCUGCAUUUGUAAUCCAACGAAAUACAUACAUGCAAUACACGUACACAUACAUACAUUCUGAAGAGUAUAGCUGCUAUUGACUGAUUGCGGAUCUGUUCAGUGCGGCACUUGCAAGUUGCAAGAAAAGAUUCGAAGAUAAUUGAGAGCUCUGCUGUGUGGCAAAUGGUUCGGA